AUGGGCGCUGCCUUUAAGACUUGCGCAGGAUGGGGUUUCUUUGGAAAUGCUUGUCCUACGAUCUGGAUCUCACCCGGCUCGCAAAACCAUGGAGCAGGACUUUUAAUAUUAUGUGGGACUACAUUGCUGCCACUGCGGCAACUAUUUUCCCACGCAACAACUCAGAGGCUUAAGACGAGCAGUUUGUCGAUUUCGAAGCUCUUUGAUCUCAGCCAGGCAGUAAAGACCUCUCGUCAGUGA